AUGGCUAGCGAGAAUGACGAUAUUGAUGGAUUUGCCAGUCAAAGGUGAGUGAACGUUGAGUGCUAAUAUAGGUAGUGAAAAAUCAAACUUGUAAACAAUAUUUAAAUCAGAAUAUGCGUAGUAUCGUCCACAAAUAGUCACGUGGCAAUUAAUAAUUCUGGGUUGAGUUCUAAUUUAUCUGCAUCGCCGCGAAGCCUGUAAAACGUUUAGGAUAACAAAUGUGACUUUUUCGUCUGUUUGGUCAGUUUUCUUAGCAUGCAGAAAUCCCCUUGCCUAGCUACAGUAUUUGACAUAACUGGUUGAAACUAUAUCCCCCCCUACAAAAUUCUAUUUUUCAUGAUAAAUUCCAUAGUAUUGAAUCAUGUUACCCUUCUUAAAUUAAGCCUCCGCUCUCCCAAUGAUGGAAUAGAUGCUUUUCUACUCAACAAGACAAAAACAAGGUAAAGCGAUUAAAACUAUUUAUUUUCCUAAUCAUUUUAGCUUAAUAAGGGACUGGUCAUUAUUUAUGGCGGGGGGUGGCACCGAAGAGAAAAAGGUUGAGUAAACUAAAUUUUGAGUAAAUAAACGGUUGGGUAAAUAAAAAACAAAACAAGUCAAGGAUUGGGUAAUAAAAAAAUAUUGUCAUUUCCAAUUAAAAGCAUGACUUACUUAAAUAUUGGAGACUGAAAAGCAAUGUCAACAUUCAUAUGUGAAUACAAUAUGUGAAUCAAUCAGAGUCACUAUCUUGAUCAUUUUCCGAUUUCUUCGGAGACAAAUGGUGUCUUCAAAGAAGGUACAUGUACAGACAACAUGAAACUUUAGACUGCAGCAAAUUACACAAUCCGUUAUCAAAGUCGUGUCACAGAAGUGGUAAAGGGCACAUGUGACAACUGAAUGGUAUCCUUUUGUAACGGUUUUGGCCAGGGGUGGGUAUUUAUUUUUAAUUGAUAUUUGAAGUUGGGUAAUCAAAUUUUUGACUUUUUAAUGGUUGGGUCAGCAAAUUUCUCUUCGGUGCCACCCCCACCAUAAGUAAUGACCGAUGAAUUUGAAACUAAGCAUUUAACACUGAUAUUUUGAUACCUAUAUAUGUCAAAGAAAUAGCUACUUGUUUUUUCCCAUUUUAAUAGGUUGGGAAAAAACACAUUUCGGGCUUGACACUAAAUCUAUUGAAUCAGUUCAGCUUAUUUUUCUAUCUUUGGUAUCGGUAGGGAGGAUUUUUCAACUUUUUGGAUAACUUUUUCGGUUUCAAAAUUGUCUUCACUCCUCGGUUUGUUUUGGUGCGAAACGUGAGAGGUCCGUAAUUUGUGCGAGAGUUCCGUAUCGUGUGAUACGGACCUCUCGUCAACCAAUCAGAACGCUCCAUUUACGUUAUGGACGUAACAUUACGGACCGGAUAAAAAUAGUCUUCUUUUGCCAGAAGCGAUUCCUACCAUGUUACUAGGGCGUAAACGUCGAAACACAUGCAUUGGGUUUUUUAAUUCAACAAGACGCCGGCUCAGGCAUACACUCGUGCUCGAAGUGUACUGGUUAGCAUCACUUGAGGGACACAAUUAUGCUUGUUGUGGGAAGCUAGCGUGCAUGGAGCUAACCGUUACUAGUAAGGCUAUGUGGUAACCCUGGGCGGAUACUAUAUACAAUACAGCGGUCAGAUGAAAUAACAUUUGGUAAAGUAUUCAGUAGACAUUUCUUGAAACAUCGAUAUUCUGUUAGGUCCAUUGAAAGAUGUAACUUUUCAUGUACUGACGCUAAUGAAAAUGAGAAACUGAUUAAUAUUCAUGUAAACUUAGCACUACUGCAUGGUAGUAGGCGUAUUGUAACAACUUUAAAACAGCAGUGAAAAAGGACCUCUCGCAAAUAUUUAAUAGUGAACUGUCAAACACUGUGACCUGGCAAUGGGGUGAUCUAUUUUUAGCCAAUAAACGAACAGGGUUUUGUCAGGUGCCCAGGUGGUGUGAUCAGUGUGACAAGCUCUAUCCAGGUUCUAUAUUUUCAGAUCAGUGGUAAUAGCAUAUCUGGCCAAUCAACGGCUGGCGACAAGAUUGUCAAUUUCAUGAGAUGUAGUCAUGUACAUAGGUACUAGCAGAAGUAAACAAAAGACAUUUUAACGUAAAUUUACCACUCAAAAUCUGAGCAAAACGCAUGUUAGAUAUUUAAUAUAAAAGUAAACUUAAAAAUACGUCAAAAAUUUAUCACGCAAGUAACGCCGAACACUCGAAAAUAAUACAUUUACAUGCAUUAUCACAAAUGCCGUAUAGCACAUCAUAUUUACAAAUUAUAUGGCGUAUGGGUAGUGUUAGUUUGAAAUAGUUAUAAUUCUCUAUUGAAUUCUGAUUGUUUAAUUGGUGUUUAUGGUCACGUGAUAUUUAAUAGAAAAUUCCAUUUCCUAAGAGUGCAAUGGAAUACGUUCCAUUGCACUCUUUGCGAUGCAAUUGUACUAUACGUUUUAUUCCAUUGCACUCUUUGUGUUUUCGAUAAAUCGCAUCCGUCAAAAUGCUUCUCGUACGAUGAUCGCAGUUUAUUUUAACCUGAUAUUCGAAACUCGGUAAAUGGGAUUUAAUGCAAAUGGGUGGAAAUUCUUCAAAAUGGUGGGAGCUUACAGUAAACCUUUUGAUAUUAGUCUAUUUUGGUAUUAUAUAAAACAAUUAAAUGAUGAAUGUUUUUAUUCGUGCAAUGAUAAGAAUAUUUUCAUUCGGUGAAAGGUGGAAUGUUCCACUCAACUCGGCUGCGAUUUGCUCUUUUUUGUACUGGAAAGUGGGAUUUACUCAGGGACGCCGGAACGAUAAAAAGGCAAAGGGGGGCAGACGCACACCAAAGGGCACCUCUAUAGAUCUAAAGUUCGAAAUUUACCUAAUUUUUUUUUUUACAUUAGAUUUUUUUGGGCGACCUCCCCCCCCCCCCAUUUAUUCAGAAUUUUUCAACCGAAGAAACUGACAAAAUAGUCUAAAACAAACAUUUGAGAAACACUGAAAUCCACAAAAUUGGCGACACAGGUUUCCAAAUAAUGCACAAAAAGAAAUUAUCAGAGCCGUUCAAAACAAUCACGAGAAUAUCAAUAUUGAACAAUAUCUCGGGCUCCGUCCGUAAACCUAGAGAUACAAAUAACUGUUUCCGCUGAAAAUGUCGCGGACACCUGCGUGUAAUUCAGUUUUUGCUGCAAUUCAGUGUAAUUCAGUUUUGACUGCAAUGCAGUCUAUACUAAAUUAAACCAAUUAUUAUAUUAUUAUUAUUAUUAUUAAACACCGAUAAUUAUGCCCAGGCUUUUAGCCAAUGUGACAAUGAGAACAGAGUACAAUGAACAAUAAUUAAACUAGUUUCAAUACUGUUGCCAUUCCAUCACUGCGAUUAGUGCCAAUUCAUGAAGUCAGUAACUCAAAAAGUCUUAAAACAGUUCUUACGGAUGGCAGUCUUGCACUCAAAAUUUAAAUUUUAAGUACGUAUAUAUCCAACACGAAUAUCGCCUGUAUUAUAAAAGCUCACUCACACUCAAAGAGUGGAUGUUCAGCCUGAGCUUCCCUUUAGUGUCAGUACUGUUUUUGAAUAGCUGGAUGUUAGUGUCGUACCUUACUAUGUGACUACUCACCUUAAAGCUAAUCAAAAACGGCAUUGAUACACAAGGAAAGCUCAGAUUGAACCUCCACUCUUCGAGUGUGAGUAUAAGCGAGCUUUUAGAAUACAGGCGUAAUUGUUCUUCCUGUAUUUCGAAAUCAGAGGAAGAACACUUACUCGUGUUGGAUAUAACUUCUCAAACGAAUCAAUACAUUCAGAGAAAAUCAAGUUUAAAGUUGACGAAAAACGGCUGUAAUCUUCCUCUUAUUUCUAAAUACAGAAUUAAUAUGCAUUUCGUUUGAAUUUCCUUCAUGAAUUAUUAAUGAGUUUGAAAGGGUAGUUCUCGUUUUAGAGAAAUCAAAACACCGUAAAAUGCCCUUAUUCACAUAAAAUGUUCACAAAUUUUGCAAAGUUUUAACUUUAGUGGCCAUUUUAAAAUUGCCUAUUUUUCGUAUAACCUUGUAGUUUACUCGUUAAACACUUUACACUUCUCAAUUGCAAGGGACAAAGGAAAUCAUGUCAAUAGUGACGUCGAAUACCUUACCAAGGAACAACCACCAUACGGCUGCGGAGCUGGAUGUCUUCGACAAUGGGCAUGGUUUCAAAAAAUCUUUGUUGUGUUUCUUGAAAAGCUCUUUGAAAAAUCGGCCAUGUUUAUUUCGCAACGCCCAUUUCAUGUGAUAUUCUUUUGUCUUUUCGUCGCCAUUGGCCUGACCUGUGGAUUUGUGAAGUUGGACGUAGAGCAAAAUGUCAAAUACUUGUUUCUACCUGAAGACAGCGAAGCAUCACAGGAUAUACGUAAGGCAAGACAUUUUGGUUUUGAACUUGAAUUUCGACAAGAAGAGAUUAUUGUUUUGCCAAAAUAUAACAAGUCUGUUCAGUCGCAAGAAUGUUUGGCAGAAAUGAUUGAUUUACAUAAGAUUAUCACUCAAAUAAAGCUUCACGACGAUUACUGUUUUAAACCCAACCCAAAUAGCAAUUGUGCCUCGAUAAAUUUGUUGGAAAUUUUCGGUUACCAAAAGAAAAACCUGGUCAAUAUUUCACGGCGCAUUAACACCAUACUCCAAAAUGAUUCUUUUCUUAUGUCAAAUGGAAGACGACUUCAAGAUAAUGUCAACCAAAUCUUUGCGAAAGCUGCCUCCAAUGGUACAAAACUUGAUUCCAGAAACGCCCUAAGAAUUGUUUACUUUAUGAAAGAAUAUCCGAGGGGAAACGAGGGCAGGGAAGGCAUAUUAAAGUGGGAAAAAAAAUUUUUGAAUGAAAUAUCAUCUUUCUCAGAAAAUACUACAUGUGCAAACAUUGUCUACGCAGCAGAACGGAGCCUGGACGACUCAGUGGCAGAAAGUACUGCGUCUGAUAUUAAGUUCUUUGCGCUGACAUUUACAAUUAUGGGGAUUUUCAGUGGAAUUAUAAACGGUAGAUGCGCGGAUGCUCGCUUUGGACAUCAACUUUUAGGAUUUGGUGCCCUGUUAUCUAUUUAUUUAGGGGUCACAGCCGCACUUGGCUUCUUAAUGUUAAUCGGCGUUCCCUUUGUUAGUAUGGUUGGUAUUCUGCCAUUCUUGGCGUCAGUAUUGGUAUAG